AUGAAUAGUGAACUUCUUCCUCACUAUGAACUUUCCAAUUUUUUUGAUUUCGUUGAAAAUGCAUUUUAUGAAGAUGAAGAUUUCAUGAUAAAGUGCCAUCGAGUAUUAACUAAAAUGAAAACUGAGAGAUUAUUUAUUGAAGUAGAGAUAGACAAUGAAUAUGAGCAAUUGUCUUCAUUAGUUCCAUUUCUAUUAUCCAAGUCAUUAAGAUCAAAAACAGGAAUAUUAAGAAUAGAAAAAGCCUUCUUUUGUGAAAAUAAUCAACGACAAUGUCUUUGGAUUAUUCUUGAACCAAUAUCACCAUUAACUGUUUCUGAUUAUAUUAACAAACAAGAAUUAAAACCAGAUGAAAUGAAAUUUAUGGCAUUUGAUUUUCUCAAAAUUGUUAAAGAUUUGGAUGAUAUUAAAAUUCCAUGUGUAGUUGAUGAAAGGACAUUAAGAAUAAAAAGAGACCCAGCAUGUCCAUUUCCAAGAGUAGUAUUAUCACCAUUAGCAUUUAUUUUAGGUGUAUUAUAUCUUUCUAAUGGAGAUGAAGAUUUAAUACCAAAUUAUAAAGAAAGCAUUGCAACAAUUAUUUCACCAUUGAUUCAAUUACCAUUGUCAAAUGAUUUUAUUGAGUCAUUCAAAGAAAAUAAAAGUAGUACUGAAAUUAGUCAACUUCCAUUUUCAAAAGAAUGUAUUGAUUUUGUUAAUGGACCAGUUUGUUUAUUAUCAAAAUAUACGGCAGAAUCAAUACUAGGAAAUGGUUCAUAUGGUAUUGUUAUGAAAGCUCAUGAUGCUGAUGGAAAAAUAGUAGCAAUUAAAGAAAGUGGAAAAGAGAAUGUUUCAACACUUCAAAGAGAGGCGAUUAUUAUGAGAUUAUGUAAUCAUCCAAAUAUUGUUAAAUUUCUCAGUUAUACUGUUUCACAAGACUCAUUUGCUUUUAGACUUAAUGCACCAAAUUUAAAAUUAGAUUUUCCAAGGGCAUUUUUAGUGAUGGAAUUGUGUGAUGGAGGAGAUUUAGAUACUUUUUUAAGUGAGUAUGCAGCACAACAUCAUGACUAUCUCCCACUUGAUUUAGUUAGUAAUUUAUUUAAACAAAUAGCAGCGUCUCAACAUUAUCUUCAUUUUGAAAAAGGAUUUAUUCAUCGUGAUAUUAAAUUAGAAAACUUCUUAUUAGUUAAACAUGAACCUUAUCCUAUUGUCAAAAUUGCUGAUUUUGGAUUUGGUCGUGCUAUUGCUGAUGUAAUGGCUACUUUUAAAGGUACUCCAUUAUUUACUUCACCACAAAUUAUUAGAAAACAACCUUAUACAUCUAAAACAGAUUUAUACUCAAUUGGAGUAUGUCUAUAUCGACUUACAACAUGUCAAUAUCCAUUUUCUACAACAAAAAAAGAAUUUUAUAGUCAAAUGAAAGAAAGAAAAGAGGUAGAAUUUCCUCUUCGAUUUAGAGAAGAUACUCGAUAUACUGAACUUAUUGACUUAGUGAAAAAAUUAAUGUGUUAUGAUGAAGAUAAACGAAUAUCUUGGGAAGAUUUCUAUAAACAUCCAUACAUGAACCACAUUUAA